CAGAGGCGCCACUGGCCGGUAAAUACCCCAGAGGUAGACGCACCUACCCCCCUGUUCGAUGCCACAAUCCAAUCAGUCAUCGAAGACUCCAGAGCGCAUGCGUCCAUCAAAGCCAGAGCCACCACCUGGCUCCGUGUGACGUACAUGAAAGAAAACCUCCCGACACAAGUGGCUUAGUGGGAGUUGGGUUCGAGUCGAGCAUCAGGUCGGUGCUGCGCGCGCGCGCCUCGGAAGGUGCCAGCUUCUGCUUCUUUAGAGCCGCGUGGACAGUGAAGGAGAGCGCAGGUCCGCCGCUGCUGCUAGAACUUCAGAAGAAGAGGAGAGGAGGAGGAGGAGGUCAUGGACAGAAGGAGCAGGAAAAAGCCCUAAAGUGAAGCUUCCCGGGAGCCACGCAGAGUAGCAGGAUGGGGGUGGACUUCAGCGCCCUGCGGACCCUCAUCAACCGAUACUGUGCGGGUGAGGAGAACUGGGUGGACAGCAGGACGGUCUACAUCGGACACAAGGAGCCUCCACCGGGAGCCGAUGCCUUCAUUCAGCAGAGAUUUCCCGACAACAGAGUAGUUUCCUCCAAGUACACGUUCUGGAACUUCAUCCCCAAGAACAUGUUUGAGCAGUUCCGACGAGUCGCCAACUUUUACUUUCUCAUCAUUUUCCUGGUUCAGCUGAUCAUCGACACGCCCACCAGUCCGGUCACGAGCGGCCUGCCUCUGUUCUUUGUGAUCAUAGUCACAGCCAUCAAACAGGGAUAUGAGGACUGGCUGAGGCACAAAGCGGACAAAGCUGUCAACCAGUGUCCGGUCAGCGUGAUCCAACGCGGGAAGAAGAUCAAAAAAGAGAGUUUCAGAAUCACGGUUGGAGAUGUGGUCUUUGUGAAAGAAGAUGAGACUUUUGCCUGCGACCUCAUCCUCCUCUCUUCAUCUCGGGAUGAUGGAACAUGCUUCGUUACCACCGCCAGCUUGGACGGAGAGAGCAGCCACAAGACCUAUUACGCGGUUCAGGACACCAAAGCCUUCCGCACGGAGGAGGAGGUCGACUCCAUCCACGCCACCAUCGAAUGUGAACAGCCGCAGCCGGACCUGUACAAAUUUGUCGGCCGCAUCAACAUCUACAUGGACAAUGAGGCUGUUGCUAGACCACUGGGGUCGGAGAACGUUCUGCUCCGAGGAGCCACGCUGAAAAAUACGGAGUUCAUCUAUGCUGUUGCCAUCUACACAGGAAUGGAAACCAAGAUGGCGCUAAACUACCAGUCCAAGUCUCAAAAACGAUCCGCGGUGGAAAAGUCAAUGAAUUCCUACCUGGUGGUUUACCUGUGCAUCCUCAUCAGCAAAGCUCUCAUCAACACGGUGCUAAAGUACAUCUGGCAGGCUGACCCCAACAAGGACGAGCCCUGGUACAACGAGAGGACGGAGGCGCAGAGGCAAAGACACAUCCUGAUCAGGGCGUUCACGGACUUCCUGGCCUUCAUGGUUCUGUUUAACUACAUCAUUCCCGUCUCCAUGUACGUCACGGUGGAGAUGCAGAAGUUCCUGGGCUCCUACUUCAUCAUGUGGGACGAUGACAUGUACGACGAGGAGCUGGGCGAGGGGGCUGUGGUCAACACGUCUGACCUGAACGAGGAGCUGGGACAGGUGGAGUACGUCUUUACCGACAAGACGGGGACUCUGACCGAGAACAACAUGGAGUUCAUCGAGUGCUGCGUGGACGGACACGUUUACGUCCCUGAUGCCAUCUGUAACGGACAGGUGCUGUCUGGGGCUGCAGCUAUGGACAUGAUCGACACGUCUCCUGGACCGGGGGGCAGGGAGCGGGAGGAGCUGUUUUUCCGUGCCUUGUGUUUGUGCCACACCGUGCAGGUGAAGGAGGAGGAGACGGUGGACGGCAUCAAACACGGCAUCCACCAGGGCAAGUCCGCCUCCUUCUACAUCUCCUCGUCGCCGGAUGAAGUCGCUCUCGUGGAGGGCAUGAAGAAGCUUGGUUUUACCUAUCUGAGGCUCAAGGACGGUCAGAUGGAGAUCUUAAAUAGGGAGGAUGAGAUUGAGAGGUUCGAGCUGCUGGAGGUUUUGUCGUUCGACUCUGUCCGGAGGAGGAUGAGCGUCAUCGUCCGAGCCGCCUCCGGUGACAUCUUCCUGUUCUGCAAGGGCGCCGACUCCUCCAUCCUACCCAGAGUUAUCUCAGGAAAGGUGGAUGAGGUGAAAGCACGAGUGGAGCACAACGCAGUGGAAGGGCUGAGGACUCUGUGCGUGGCGUAUCGGCCCCUGAGCCCCGAGCAGCACCAGGAGGUCUGCCGUCUGUUGAGCGGCGCCAAGUUGGCGUUGCAGGACAGAGACAAGCGUCUGAGCGAGGCGUACGAGCUGGUGGAGAAGGACCUGAUCCUGCUGGGGGCCACUGCUGUGGAGGACAGGCUGCAGGAGCAGGCGGCUGACACCAUCGAGUCUCUCCACAAGGCAGGAAUGAAGGUGUGGGUCCUAACCGGAGACAAGAUGGAGACUGCGGCUGCAACCUGCUACGCCAGCAGGCUGUUUCGCCGCAACACCCAGAUCCUGGAGCUCACCACCAAGCGGGUGGAGGAGCAGAACCUCCACGAUGUCCUGUUCGAUCUAAGCAGGACGGUUCUGCGGCACCACGGGAGCAUGACGCGCGACAACUGCUCCAGUUUGUCAAACGACUGCACCGACUACGGGCUGAUCAUCGACGGAGCCACCCUCUCUGCGGUCAUGAGGCCCCCCCAGGAGGACUUGAACUCCGGGAGCUACAAGGAGAUCUUUCUGGAAAUCUGCCGUAACUGCAGCGCCGUGCUCUGCUGUCGAAUGGCGCCGCUCCAGAAAGCUCAGAUAGUGAAAAUGAUCAAAGCUUCCAAAGAGCAUCCAAUCACGUUGGCCAUCGGAGACGGCGCCAACGAUGUCAGCAUGAUCCUGGAGGCCCACGUCGGCAUUGGAAUUAUGGGUAAGGAGGGGCGUCAGGCCGUGAGGAACAGCGACUACGCCAUCCCAAAGUUUAAACACCUGAAGAAGAUGCUGCUCGUUCACGGACACUAUUACUACAUCCGCAUCUCGGAGCUGGUGCAGUACUUCUUCUACAAGAACGUUUGCUUCAUCUUCCCACAGUUCCUCUACCAGUUCUUCUGCGGCUUCUCCCAGCAGCCGCUGUACGACACCGCCUACCUGACGCUCUACAACAUCAGCUUCACGUCGCUGCCCAUCCUGGUGUACAGCCUGAUGGAGCAGCACAUCAACAUGGACAUCCUGAAGAAGGACCCCUCCCUCUAUAAAGAUGUUGCCAAGAACUCUUUGCUGAGAUGGCCCACCUUUAUAUACUGGACCGUUUUGGGCGUUUACAACGCCAUCGUCAUGUUUUUCGGCACCUACUUCCUGUUCGAUAACACCACCUUCACCAGCAACGGACAGCGAAUGACGACCAACACACAGAUGAUGUUUGGAAACUGGACGUUCGGGACGCUGGUCUUCACCGUGCUGGUCUUCACCGUCACCUUCAAGUUGGUCCUGGACACGCAUUACUGGACGUGGAUCAACCAUUUCGUCAUCUGGGGGUCGCUGGUCUUCUUCGUGCUCUUCUCCCUGCUGUGGGGUGGGAUCAUCUGGCCUUUCCUCAACUACCAGAGGAUGUACUACGUCUUCAUGCAGAUGCUGUCCAGCGGUCCAGCCUGGCUCAGCAUCAUCCUCCUCAUCACUGCCAGCCUGCUGCCAGACGUGGUGAAGAAGGUCAUCUGGAGGGCCCUGUGGCCCACCAUCACUGAGCGCAUACAGACUAAGCGUCGGUGCCUUGCCUCUGAGCCUUCCACCAUCUUUAUGCUGUCUCAGACCUCCAGCAGAAUCAGUUUCUAACCCUCCUGGAGAGCGCUGACAAACUCUACAAGGGCCAGCUGUCGGAGUUCACCCCCCUGGCGUCCCUCCACGCCCCGUCCAAGGCUGGCGGCCGCCGGCGAGGCUCCGAAAACCAAAGCAACCCGCGAAGGUCUGCAGCUUUUAGCAAGAAACUCAUGUUCACCCGCUGGCAAAGAAAGCCAGACUACUGCACCUUCACGCCGCUGCUCCGGUUCGUGGACGGCCACUCGCCACACCACAACGCUUACGGUGGGGCGGAGCCUGAGACCUGCGUGUGACCUUUAUUUAUUAAUUUUUUUUACGUACUUUAACUCGGAUGCAACCACUUUGGAGCAAAUUCAGCUUCAGCGGUUGAAAGUUGAUGUAAAAAAAUGGAUUGUAAAUCGCACCCAGGAGGCACAAAGCAUUGUGGGAAGCAUUCCAGCCUCUCGUCUUCUUAAGGGCUCCACGUGUGGAAUGUCACACCUGCUCAAACGUCCUGAAUGUUCCUUUAGAUCCACGCCUUCACGGCUAACUGACCGUCGAUUCUGUGGUGUCCUCCUUCUCCCUGACUUGUCUUCUCUUGACUCCGCCUCUCUGCAGGACUAACUGGUGUUGCCUCUGUGCAAACCUGUUAUCCAGAAACACUCCGUAGGACGAAGCACCGUCACAGCGCAGUAAGGAGGCCCGGCAGGAAAGCCUGAAUGCAAAAAAGUUACUAAAAAAACCAAACCAAAUCCUGGUCCAAAAGGCUUCAGGCUUUCCUCAGAUCCAGAUAGAAAAACAUUUGUGUGUUUUUAGUUUCUACGGUAGAGCCGAACUGUCUAACUCCAGACCUUGGGAGUCUUUGAAGCAGCGACGACGGCCUAAAACAUCCCCUUUUUGGGGUUGCUGGAGCCUAUCCCAGCCACUGUUGGCCAAUGAUGCUUCACAAUCUGGAUUCGUUGCCGCCAACAUUCUUUGCUGCUUCAAAAACAAAACAAAAAAGGCUCCUGGUCCUCCAGGAACCACAGAGUUGCUUUGUUUUCCCAGCAUUCCCGGUUUUCCGCCUUCAGAUCCAGAACUCCCGGCCGCCGUCCUGCUUGUCUUCCAAGCAAACCCCUGUCACUGCAGCUUCUCGUUGGUGGAACCCACCGGAUUCAGGUAAAGCAGGCGGGACGGCGGCCCUCGAGCAGCUGGACACGCCCCCUCCCUGCUGUAGAGCUCCAGCUGAACUCUUAAGUGAAGAUGGAUGACGAUCCUGCCUUAAAGCUUCCUUUGUGUGUGGAGUAGUUUCUACCAAACGCUGAAGUGGAGCGCCCGAAGGAGUUGCUGCUGAGACGGGGGGGCCGCACUUCAGGGACGCUCCGCUUCACUUGAAAUGUUUAUUUUCUUCGUUUACUAGAGAGUUGAGCUGCUUCCCUUCAACAAAUUCUCAGUAUAAAUCAUAAAAAAAUAUGUUUUUGUUUGAUAAAGAUAACAUUUUCAAACUUAAAAGCCUCCCUAACUACUUUACAACCAACAGUUUGACUAUAAAAUGUUUUUUAUCCAAAGAAAGACUAAUCAAAUGUUGUUCUGUUAUCUUUUUAGUGUGAAAAUGAUAAAAAACUAAAAAGACUCUUUCAGAAGAACCUGAACACCCGCUUCAGCAUUCAGAGCAACCAAGCCUUUAAGCUGAUUCAGGGUUUUUUCUCUUUAAAUUCCCUCUCCGAUCACUUUUUAAUCUAUUUUCAAAGCUUUAGAGCCAAAAUCUAGAAACCUACGUUGUUUUCUAAGACAUAGUUUCUACAGAGUUUAUUAGAAAUUUACGUCUUGAGUUUUGGGCGGAGCAACCCCACCCGCACUUCGGGGACGCUCCGCUUCACUUCAAUUAUAUAUAUUCUUUUUGGGCCCCUCACACCCCUGACCUAACGUUACUGGUGCAACAAAAAUGGCGAGCAGUGGACGCAUCCGAUUGGGGGCGGAGCAGCUCGUGGUAUUUUCUACCUUUUUUAUUUAUUUAUUCCUUAUUUACAGCCGCUCCUGAUUCAUCACAAUUUGAAUAAAGAAAUACCCAGAAAUGCAAUCUUAAUCUUAAUUUGCUUUACAUAUGACAUCAUUAAAACUCCACAAAAACAUCAUUUUUCUUUAAAGCCCUGAACUAUUCAGCAUAAAAACAUGUCAGAUCUUUAAACGAGCCUUAAAUAUCACAGUUUUGAUAACAUCCGUCCAUCUAAAUACAAUUUAAAAUAUAUAUAUUCAUGAGAACUGAUCAUUAAAAUGACAAUAAAAUGUUUUAUUUGGAAAUUUCUAGAUUUCCAAGUUAAGUCGACCUUAAAGCUCCAUUCUCAUUAGCGUCACUAAUUUGCCUUAAGCUGAUAAACAUUCUGAAAACAUCCUUGUUCUUGUCGUAUGACGGUAGAAGUUUGUUGGUGUUUGAAGUUUUCUCCUUUUUUUUCUUCUUUCCCAAACCGUUUUUUUCUUCUCCUCCUUCUGCUGCAGCAUCUUCAACGUCUCCUUCUUCUCCUUCACUCAGCCUCCGUCCUCUCAGCUCCAGUUCUUUCUGGAGAAAAGUUCUGUUCACAACUUCUCAGUAGAGCUUCUAUGAACCAAAGCCUUUCUAGCUGCUUUAAAUUAGGUGCCUUGUGCAAGUUUGAAAACAGAAAAAGUAAAUGUACCUGCUUUGGUCUGGGUUCACUUCUACUCCUAGUGGUCAAAAGACAAACUGUUACCAAGCUGCUGAACAAACUAGACUGCAGGAUGUUGCUGUUUAUUUGACUUUAAUGCAUUUAUUUAAAGAAAAAAAGCCAAGAAAAUGUUUUGUUUUGCCUCUUUUGUCUGUAAAAUUGUCUUUUUACCCAAAGUUAUUUAUUGUACGCCUGAGAAUCCGUGUUUCUAUUUACGGCCGGUUUCAGAACGCCGUUUAACCAAAAAUAAAAGUUUCAAGCAGUCCGCACGGAUGAAGGGAUGCCGCACAGAGCCUCGUCCGAACCCUGAGAUAAGUGAAUGUCAAAUUCAGAGCCAUGCGGACGUUCCUCGCCUCUGUAAAGCGUCGGGUAGGACGCCACGAACGCUGCUGUGGAGCAUCAGCCUCCUUCCUGGAGCUCAGUCUGGAGGCGGAGCUAACGUCGCUUUAGAAGGAACCGCUAAAGCUCCUUUUAAGUUACUUUUCCUUUUUUUUUUCUUAUUUUGUAGAAGUAUUAGUUUCAGGUUGCGACAAAGCAGCGGCAGACGUCCGUUGUUACCGUGGUAACGCAGAACUGACCUUUUCAGGCGGUUCUGAGCCGACAGCCUUCACACACAGCUAUCAAUGUAUUAUUGCAUAGUGUUCUGCACUCAUGUUACCUAUACAUCACUGUACUGUAAUAUACAGUAUUGAAAUAUAUAUAUAUAUAUAUAUAGAAUAUAAAUGAACAAUACCUAUGGUAGUGUACAUUUUAAAGAUCGUUUUGUAAGACAGUUUUUAAGGGUCGGUAAGAUGUACUGGUGGUUUUUGCCAAUCCUUAAGUGGGAAAUGUUCAUGGAUUUGCUUGAAAAUAAAGGAAGUGAAAAUCUA